AUGGCGAUGGAGCGCGGGCUGCACCUCGGCGCGGCGGCCGCGAGCGAAGACGACCUCUUCCUGCACAAGAGCCUGGGCGCCACCACCGCCAAGCGCCUGGAGGCAGCUUUCCGCUCCACGCCCCCAGGCAUGGACCUGUCCCUGGCACCGCCGCCUCGUGAACGCCCGGCGUCCUCGUCCUCGUCACCUCUAGGCUGCUUCGAGCCGGCUGACCCCGAAGGGGCCGGGCUGCUGCUGCCGCCGCCCGGAGGAGGAGGCGGCGCGGGCGGCGGCGGCGGCGGCGGCGGCGGCGGUGGGGUGAGUGUCCCUGGGCUCCUCGUGGGCUCAGCGGGCGUGGGGGGCGACCCGAGCCUGAGUAGCCUGCCGGCGGGGGCUGCCCUGUGCCUCAAGUACGGCGAGAGCGCUGGCCGCGGCUCGGUGGCCGAGAGCAGCGGCGGCGAGCAGAGCCCCGACGACGACAGCGACGGCCGCUGCGAGCUGGUGCUGCGAGCCGGGGGCGCCGACCCGCGGGCAUCCCCGGGAGCGGGGGGCGGCGGAGGCGCCAAGGUGGUGGAGGGCUGCUCCAACGCCCACCUGCACGGCAGCGCGGGCCUCCCCCCGGGGGGCCCUACGGGCGGCGGCGGCGGCGGCGGCGGCAGCGGCGGCAGCGGUGGCGGUGGCGGCAGCAGCAAGAAAUCCAAAGAGCAGAAGGCGCUGCGCCUCAACAUCAACGCCCGCGAGCGCCGGAGGAUGCACGACCUGAACGAUGCUCUGGACGAGCUGCGCGCGGUCAUCCCUUACGCGCACAGCCCCUCGGUGCGGAAGCUCUCCAAGAUCGCCACGCUGCUCCUCGCCAAGAACUACAUCCUCAUGCAGGCGCAGGCCCUGGAGGAGAUGCGGCGCCUAGUCGCCUACCUCAACCAAGGCCAAGCCAUCUCAGCCGCCUCCCUGCCCAGCUCGGCGGCCGCUGCGGCGGCGGCCGCUGCCCUGCACCCCGCGCUUGGCGCUUAUGAGCAGGCGGCCGGCUACCCGUUCAGCGCUGGGCUACCCCCGGCUGCUUCCUGCCCUGAGAAGUGUGCCCUAUUCAACAGCGUCUCAUCCAGCCUCUGCAAACAGUGCACGGAGAAGCCUUAAACAUUCCCUCCCUCAAAAGCCUGGAGACCGACCCCAAAGCUAGAGGAAAGCGAGAAGCUGCUCCCCACCCCUUUUAUUUUGGUCCUCUCCUAGUUGCGAAACAUUUGCAGGGCAAACAAAGCAGAGGCAGGAACUGAGAAGUAUCAGAGACAAACUGGACUUUCAGCCUUGGCAUGCCCUGAAUCUCGGUCUUUGGGGUGGGGAGGAGGGAGGGAAGAGGGAGGUUGAGUUGGGAUGGAGUGUGGAUGUCUUUUUUUCCCUCAGAAAAGUGGCAACUUCAGUGGCAACCUAGACUUCGAGGAAGCAGUCUUCUUUGAAGGUGAAAAAUAAGUUGGAAAGUAGUGCUUGUUUAUUGGACGUGAAAAGUAUUGAAUGGCAAAAUACUAAUCCUACUAAGAGUUGCUAAUUUGGCUAGUGCUGAAGGGCAGAGGAGUCCCGGGUUGAAAGGCAUGGGGACAGAAUAUUCAUUCAGACAAAUCAGAAAGGGAACUCGAAAAUAAAUUUUGAUUCUGAGCCAGGAGAAAAACUUGAAAUGCAGACUUAAGUGGAGGGAAAAGCAGAGAGAGACACAUUGCUAUGAAAGACUUGUAUUUUUUAUUGUCUCUGGACUUAAAAAAAAAACCGUGAAAAUGCUCAAAGUUUUGGGGAGAGUGAUAUAAAAAGCAGGUUGUGGCUGAAAGAAUUGCUUUUAAAAUAUUUAUGUGCACCUUGUUACUUUUUACUCUGCAAUGAUGUAUUAGCAAUUCAUGGUAUUUAUUUGUUAUUCUUCAAUGAUCCACAUCAACAGUAUUUAUUAUGUGUUAAGGUCUUGGGUCUUAUGUGAAGAUAUUUUUUAUUGCUUCCAAAAUUCUGUUUUAUAUAUUAACUUACACUGUGUGCCAAGUGUUUAAAGGUUUAUUUGCCAACAAGUUUGAAGAGAAAUAUUGAUGUAUCUGAGCUGCUUAGGUUUUGGAAAGGUCACCUGGAUAUUUUCAGUUGCAUCAUCCCUGUAUUUAAAUUGAGCUUUAAUAAAUUGCUUCAGUCCAAAAAUUACAGGAAAGGUGUAUUCUUAAUUGAUGAAUGAAUUGAUUUCUUUUUCAAAAGGGGACCUAUUUGCAUUCCAAAAGGGAAAAACAUCACAGCAAUAGAUCUUAUAAGCAAGAACAUGCUAGGCAAAUAUAUUUUCCAGGUUGUGCUGUGCAUUUUAAAGGGUCUAAUUUAAUUGCUUUUAAUAUAGAUGUACAUAUAUAAGUUAUUUUAACUGUGAAGACUUAUUACUUUAAAAGACUGCUUUGAUUUGCUUACGGUGUGAAAUCAUUUGUUAUUUUUCUAAAAAAUAUAAAAAUUUAAAAGAAAUGAAAUAAAGCUAAGGAAGAGCAAGAAGCUGUUUACCCAAAGUGAGCUUUCUGUUUUAGUUUGCAUGGCUAUCUGCCUGCCUUUCAUCCUAUGAAAAUCCAGAAAAACCUCUUAAGAAAUGGAGUCUUGCUGUUUUCCACUCCUUACAGGUAAUACAAAUUCAGUUUGUCAGGUUGGGUGAUGAUUUCGGAGCUGUGAUGGAUCUGUUGGUGGGUUUUGGAUGUGUAAAGAAUGAAAUAUAUAUAUAUUAAAUAGGUCAAUCAGACUAUGACAGCUAUGUACGACCAUUUGUAUGUGUAUCUAUGUCAGAAAGAAUCUUUAUUAAAAUAUUUUGAUCAAA